AUAGAGAAUAAAUGCUAUACUGCUAUAUUUUGGAAAUAAUCAAAUAUUAUUAUAUUAUUGCAGUAAUAUAAUAUUGUCGUUUUAUAAUGUAAAAUGAGCAGACAAAAGGGAGAAGGGGGGAUUGCAUUGCAGUGUCAUUGCACAAUAUAUUUUUUACCAUAUUGUCACAAGCAGCAGCAGAAGCAGGCGGGGCUAUGGUAGCGGAUGAAGAGAUGAGAUGAAGGGAUGGAGAGAUGCGGGAGAGAGCAGAACAGCAGGUGGAGACUGAGCACACCAGCCUAGCACAGAGACUAAGCAAAGACUAAACCACAGAAUAUAGCCUAACUAUUUGCUGUAUAAAUUAAAUAAUAAUAAUAAUAAUAAUAGAAGCUGCAGAUAAAUGUAAACACGAAGAGUUGAAAGACUGCAUCGAGUCGUGUCAUCAAGAACGGCCCUCUGUAACAGACGGAGAAAGACGGCGUCUGUGUCGCGUCGUUCAGAGGUCGCGGUGACGUCUGUGAUCUUCCAUCGCUGGGUCUGUCAGCGCACAGAGUAAUAAUUCCUCCGUCACCUGGUAGUAUGCAGGGCGUGGAGGGGACUAAACGCACUAAUUUGGAACUAGAAAGCAUCGGUUUGGGAAACAAUCGUCAAAGUGGCAGCCAGCUGUUGUUGACCCGUCUGAGCCAGAGGACCAGACCAAGGGGAAACAGAUGGAGGCCCUGCCGGUGACCUCUGCACCCACCAGACUACCAGACCCGGCUGAUGGGAAAGCAACAGAGGAGGGUGAGGAUGUGGGUUGCAGUGAUGCAGAGACCACACCCAUACACUCUGCUGGGCUGGGGGAGAGGAUGGUAGCUCCUCCCCCUGUUGCACAGGAGGCCAGUCCUCCCAGUCCACACACCCAUCCCAAGCUUCAGGGUCCUCCGGACAGGCAGCUUCAUUCGCCAGGCCCUCCAGACUUCCAGCCUCCCAGUCCAAACACCCUUCCCCAGCUUCAGGGCCCUCUGGACAGGCAGCUUCAGCUUCCUCCCCCUCCAGACUUCCAGCCUCCCAGUCCACACACCGAGCUCCAGCUUCAGGGCCCUCCGGACAGGCAGCUUCAGCUUCCUCCCCCUCCAGACUUCCAGCCUCCCAGUCCACACACCCACCCCCAGCUUCAGGACCCUUUUGACAGGCAGCUUCAUUCUCCAAGCCCUCCAGACCUCCAGCCUCCCAGUCCACACACCCAGCUACAGAGCCCUCCGGUCAGUCUGGAGGCAGCAACCCCCCUGUCGGACAGCAGCCAAGCUCCGAACCCUCUACCUCAAGACCUCCAGCCUCCAAGCAGCGACCCAGAGCCCAGAAAACCAUGCCCCAAGCUGCACCUGGACCUAUAUAACUUCGACACCCCGGUGGCAGAGGGAAGUCGUUAUGUCCUGACCAGCCCCCGCUCCUUGGAGGCCUGCGCCCGCUGCGGGGUCAAACCCGUGGAGAUCUUGUCGCGCCCGUUGUCAGACUUCGCCCGGGAGGCCCCGGGACGGUCCAUGCGUGUGGCGACGGGCAUGUUUGAGGUGUAUGAGAAGGACAGGCACGCCAAGCUUAGAGCAUGCCGGGAGGAGAGAGAGAGGAUCAUAAGGGAAGAUAAGAGGAGAAUCCUUCAGGCUGCAGUCAACGGACAUGCUGCAUCAUCUACAGAGGAACAGCACAGCGCACCAGUCACACCCAGCUUAACUCAGCUAUCUAAACCAGGCCCUGUGGCCUCUAGUCCUACUAAAUCUAAACCUUCCCCCAGUAGUACAGGACAGCCCUCUAGAGCUGCUACUACAACACCAGGUCCAAGCAUUAAUAAAACUAGUACAACUCCUCUAGCUAAAAGUAGCAAUCUGCAGUCCUCUAAAACCAGCUCAUUCAGCUCUGUGUCCUCAUCAUCUAAAGGUCUGGACUGUGGUUUUGGUUCUGCUAAACGUCCUAAAUCCUCAGAACUAACCAAGGCACCCCGCCCUGUCUCAGGUCCACCUCCAGUGGUCAGAAAGAUCCCCAGCAGCAGCACCACCACCACGCCGAAAGCCUCCAACACCUUCCCCAGAUCAGCCUGCAAACCUUCCUCCUUCCCCAGAACAACCACCUCCAUGACAUCCACCAUGUUCAAGAGUUCCGUGCAGAGCCCAGUUACCCCGACUACAGCGGCUCUCAAUGGCAUCACAGGGGGUCUAGGAGGGCCGUUCCCUCACCACAACGGUCACCCUGUGUCCACUCCAAAGGGCAGAGGGAAGAGCCACUCCCUUGAGUCCCUACAAAGGAGGAUGGAUACCAUCUCCACCUCCACCACCAACUCUACCACCACCUGCACCUCCUCUGGAGAGGAGUCCGGCGCCUCCUCCUCCUACAGCUGGGAUGGACCCAGAGACCACUGGGCCAAGUCCUCCUCCCCCCGUGCCCGCACCCUGGCCACCUUCAACUCCUUGAUGGGGAGGAGCCUUAGCCUGGGGGACCUUAGCCACUCCCUCCAGACCACCCAGAAGGUGGAGCGUAUCGUCAAGGAGGUGCGGCGGCGGGGGCUGAAAGCGGUUCCGGAGCGGGACAGGAAGAUCGCUGCUCUGAUGCUGGCCCGGUACCAAGAGGAGGACAUCAUGAGCCAGACGCGCUACGUGGCUCACCUGCAGUGGGACAGCGAAAAGCGCCUUGGGGACCUGCAACGGGAGCGGGAAGAUCGGGAGAAGCAGCGGGCGGUGCUGCAGUGUCAGCGGGCGUGGCAGUCCCAGGUGUCCCACCGCCAGCGCCGGCUCAGCCAGCAGGAGAGAGAGUCGUCGGCCGCUAAGCUGCGCCAGGUGGCGGAGAGCGAGGAGCGGUGGAGGGAGCUGGCGGAGCUGCAAGAGCGCAGUAGGCAGCAGAGGCUCCAGCAGGCUGCAAGGGAGGAGAAACAGAAGAAAGAACAUCAGGAGCAGAACCUCAAGGCUCUGGAGGAGGACAGGUCUGCAGUGUUGGAGCAGGAGCAGCUCCUCCUCAAGGAGAAACUUACCAUUGCUGAGCUGAAGAAGCAGGAGAAGGAGCACCAGGCCCAAGAGGAGCGCCGGGGAUUGAACCGGGCCGAGAGGAGGCGCCACGCAGCCCUGAUCAGGGAGAUCGCCCGGAGAGAGGAGGAGGAGCGGGAGGAGGCACGGAAGGCUGCGGAGGAGAAGCUGAGCCGUUCCCUGGAGAACUAUGAACAGAUUGUAGAGAGGAGAGACAAGGAGCUGAAGGAGAAGGCGAAGAGGGAGGAGCUACAGAUUCAGAAGGCAAGGAGGUCUGCGGAGAAGAGGGAGAAACAGCAGCAACAGCAGGCGGAGGCCCGGGCCAAGGAAGCAGAGAGACGGGCUCAGCAGGCAGCUCUGGUGGCGGAGGAGAGGGCCAAGGAGAAAGCCCAGAGAGCAGUACAGAGCAGGCAGGAGAAGGAGAGACUACAACGACUCAACAGACAGCGUGUGGAAGGGGAGGAGCAAGCCAGGAGGAUGGAGCUCCUCCAGUCCAUCGAGAGGAAACUGGAGAAGAGUGAGCAGAUCUUCAGGGAGAAGAGAGCCGUGCUGGAGAGCGCUCGCUCUACCGCCCGCGCCUCCUUCCACGUACGGGACCGGGUCAGGGAGGAGACCAACAUGAGGACCUUUGAUAAGAUGGAUCUGGAGGCUCAGUUCCAGUUCAAAGCCAGCCUGGAUGACAAAUGAUGAGGCACACCUUCAUGCUACUGGUAAACUACUGGUUAGUGGUAACUACUGGUUACUACUAGUUAAUACCCUGGACUACUGGUUCGUGGUAACUACUGACUACCCUGGACUACUGGUAACUACUGGUUACUACCCUGGACUACUGGUUAGUGGUAACUACUGGUAACUACUAGUUAAUACCCUGGACUACUGGUUAGUGGUAACUACUGACCACCCUGGGCUACUGGUAACUACUGGUUACUACCCCGGAUUACUGGUUACUACUGGUUACCAUGUGCUUGGCUAUAGUCAGGGUUGGACAGGUUACUUUGUAAAUGUAAUUCGUUACAGUUGCUAGCUACCUGUGCAAAAUCAACUUUUGGAUUACCCAAACUCAGUAACGUAAUCUAAUUAUUUUGGAUUACUUUUCCCUUAAAUCAUAAAGGAUCCAUCCAACACAUUUGGUGUGCCAUCAUAGUGGUCUCUGAUUGGUGGUCAUCAUUUGGUGUGCCAUCAUAGUGGUCUCUGAUUGGUGGUCAUCAUUUGGUGUGUCAUCAUAGUGGUCUCUGAUUGGUGGUCAUCAUUUGGUGUGCCAUCAUAGUGGUCUCUGAUUGGUGGUCAUCAUUUGGUGUGUCAUCAUAGUGGUCUCUGAUUGGUGGUCAUCAUUUGGUGUGCCAUCAUAGUGGUCUCUGAUUGGUGGUCAUCAUUUGGUGUGUCAUCAUAGUGGUCUCUGAUUGGUGGUCAUCAUUUGGUGUGCCAUCAUAGUGGUCUCUGAUUGGUUAUAGCCUCCUAACUAGCUUCAAUGCUGCACAGCUUUAAAACAUCUUAUCUCUCAUAAGGAAUGGUAUCUCCUGUCCUAUGAUAACAUCUUGUCUCUCAUAAGGAAUGGUAUCUCCUGUCCUAUGAUAACAUCUUAUCUCUCAUAAGGAAUGGUAUCUCCUGUCCUAUGAUGUCCCUUUCCUCUAAACUCCUCACCCAUUUGUAUUUGAUUUUACAUUUGAUGAAAUCCGAAUCAUUCCUUUGUAUUGUUUAGACAUAUUAUCUUGAUGCCAAAAGUACACUUUAUAAUAUGCAAAUCGAUGAAGAAAAAGAGGAAAAAAUAGUGUAUGUAGGUUGACAAAGAUCUGGUCUUGUGGAUUAUAUACCCAACCGUUUAGGACAUAGUAUAUUAUGUGGAUCAGAGCGUUCCAUCUAAUAGUGCUGUAACGCAGCCCCUUCCACACUCCCUCUAUAUCAGAUCUACCCAACUGAGAGCUGUGCUGUUGGAAUGAAAAGAACCAUUGUUUCCCCGGGAAGCACAACUCCAUGACAACUAACCACAUUGGCUGCUUUUAACGGAGUCUCUUCUCUUCUGUAGGGGGGAGAGAGAAUCGGAUAGAAAGGGGGAAAGGAAGCACAAGUGAGUGGUCUGAGAGCCCUAAAGCAGACCAGGGACUCUUUUGUAUGUUGUGAUGCAGAUGGAGAAACUGUGUGUGUACACUCUUAGAAAACAAAUCUAGAACCGAAAAGGGUUCUUCGGCUGUCACCGUAGGAUAACCCUUUGAAGAACCCUUUUUUGGUUCCAGGUAGAACUCUUUCCAGGGAGGGUUCUACAUGGAACCCAAAAGAGUUCUACCUGGAACCGAAAAGGGUUCUCCCUGGAACCAAAAAGGGUUCUACCUGGAACCAAAAGUGUUCUACAUGGAACCCAAAAGAGUUUUACCUGGAACCGAAAAGGGUUCUACCUGGAACCGAAAAGGGUUCUACCUGGAACCAAAAAGGGUUCUACCUGGAACCAAAAGGGUUCUACAUGGAACCCAAAAGAGUUUUACCUGGAACCGAAAAGGGUUCUACCUGGAACCAAAAAGUGUUCUCCUAUGGGGACAGCCAAAGAACCCUUUUGGAACCCUUUUUUCUAAGUGUGUAGUGUAUUCUGUACUGUGCUGUUACUGAGCCCUUGGCUGUACUCUCCUCCUGUCUUCACCGUGCGGCCGAGCUGACCAACCAACCGCUGACGAAGCAGCUGUGGCAGAGCAACGUGACAUCACUCAGAGUGAUGUCAGCACAACACAACCCAGCCAGCUGCUGAUGAGGCAUCAGAGAGAACCCUGAUUCUGCUGUAGAAUAUAAUUUACAUGGACCCUGAUUCUACUGUAGAAUAGAAUCUACCUGGCCCCUGAUUCUACUGUAGAAUAUAAUCUACCUGCACCCUGAUUCUACUUCAGUAUAGAAUCUACCUGGCCCCUGAUUCAACUGUAGAAUAUAAUCUACCUGGAACCUGAUUCUACUGCAGUAUAGAAUCUACCUGGAACCUGAUUCUACUGCAGUAUAGAAUCUACCUGGAACCUGAUUCUACUGCAGUAUAGAAUCUACCUGGAACCUGAUUCUACUGGAGUAUAGAAUCUACCUGGCCCCUGAUUCUGCCGUAGGAUAGAAUCUACCUGGAACCUGAUUCUACUGCAGUAUAGAAUCUACCUGGAACCUGAUUCUGCUGUAGAGUAGAAUCUACCUGGAACCUGAUUCUGCUGUAGAAUAGAAUCUACCUGGAACCUGAUUCUGCUGCAGUAUAGAAUCUACCUGGAACCUUAUUCUACUGCAGUAUAGAAUCUACCUGGAACCUGAUUCUACUGGAGUAUAGAAUCUACCUGGCCCCUGAUUCUGCCGUAGGAUAGAAUCUACCUGGAACCUGAUUCUACUGCAGUAUAGAAUCUACCUGGAACCUGAUUCUGCUGUAGAGUAGAAUCUACCUGGAACCUGAUUCUGCUGUAGAAUAGAAUCUACCUGGAACCUGAUUCUGCUGCAGUAUAGAAUCUACCUGGAACCUGAUUCUGCUGUAGAGUAGAAUCUACCUGGAACCUGAUUCUGCUGUAGAAUAGAAUCUACCUGGAACCUGAUUCUGCUGCAGUAUAGAAUCUACCUGGAACCUUAUUCUACUGCAGUAUAGAAUCUACCUGGAACCUGAUUCUACUGCAGUAUAGAAUCUACCUGGAACCUGAUUCUGCUGUAGAGGUGUUCUAUAGUAUAGAGACCGGUAUGUUAUAUAAACACUCCUGGACUGUCCUCCAGGAUCCUAUGCCUGUCUCUCCUCAUGUCAUAUAACAGGAAACAUCAGAGCCUUGGUUGUGCAGUGGAGUAUAGUAUAGAAUCUAUACCUUCCUAGUUUUGCUGCAGAGGUUUUCUAUACCCUCCUGGACUCUCUCCUGUUCCAUCCCCUCUGCUGCUAUUAUGGAUUCUAUACCCUCCUGGUUCUGCAGUGGAGGACAUUCUAUACCCUCCUGGUUCUGCAGUGGAGGACAUUCUAUACCCUCCUGGUUCUGCAGUGGAGGACAAUCUAUACCCCCCUGGUUCUGCAGUGGAGGACAUUCUAUACCCUCCUGGUUCUGCAGUGGAGGACAUUCUAUACCCUCCUGGUUCUGCAGUGGAGGACAAUCUAUACCCCCCUGGUUCUGCAGUGGAGGACAUUCUAUACCCUCCUGGUUCUGCAGGGGAGAACAAUCUAUACCCCCCUGGUUCUGCAGUGGAGGACAUUCUAUACCCUCCUGGUUCUGCAGUGGAGGACAAUCUAUACCCCCCUGGUUCUGCAGUGGAGGACAUUCUAUACCCUCCUGGUUCUGCAGGGGAGAAUAUUCUAUACCCCCCUGGUUCUGCAGUGGAGGACAUUCUAUACCCUCCUGGUUCUGCAGGGGAGAAUAUUCUAUACCCUCCUGGUUCUGCAGGGGAGAACAUUCUAUACCAUAGAGAUUAGAUAUCGCUAUGUUUUAUACCCUCCUAGACCCUCCUCCUGUCCAUCUUCCUGUCACUCCUCCUCUCAUCUCACCUCCUGUCUCUCCUCCUAGACCCUCCUCCUGUCCAUUUUCCUGUCUCUCCUCCUGUCUCUCUUCCUGUC